CGCAUCUCUCAUGUUUAUCACCCACUGGAUGUUUUUCCCGUGAUGCUCCGCGCGGUCGAGCAGCAAGAUGGAAGCGCUGGAUGAAUUUGAGAAAGAAGCUGGAUGCGUCCCGAUCCUGCAUCCUGAGGAAAUUAAAACCCAGAGUCACUAUAACCAUGGCUACAGCGAGAGCGUCAGCCGCAAGAGCCAUGUGGACGAUUACAGCACCUGGGACAUCGUCAAAGCCACCCAGUACGGGAUAUUCGAGCGGUGUCGUGAGCUGGUGGAGGCCGGGUAUGACGUGCGUCAACCGGAUAAAGAAAACGUCACACUUCUACACUGGGCGGCAAUUAACAACCGUGUAGACCUGGUCAAGUACUACACAUCUAAAGGUGCUUUAGUGGACCAGCUGGGAGGAGAUCUCAAUUCAACACCACUCCACUGGGCUACAAGACAGGGCCACCUCUCCAUGGUGGUGCAGUUAAUGAAGUACGGCGCAGAUCCGUCUCUGAUUGACGGUGAAGGUUGCAGUUGCGUUCAUCUGGCUGCUCAGUUUGGACACACCUCCAUAGUGGCCUAUCUCAUUGCUAAGGGACAGGAUGUUGAUAUGAUGGAUCAGAACGGCAUGACCCCUUUGAUGUGGGCAGCUUAUCGGACACACAGUGUUGACCCGACACGGCUGCUGCUGACGUUUAACGUGUCUGUGAAUCUGGGUGAUAAAUAUCAUAAGAACACGGCUCUACACUGGGCAGUACUGGCAGGAAACACCACAGUCAUCAGUCUUCUGCUGGAGGCCAACGCUAACGUAGACGCACAGAACAUCAAGGGGGAGACGCCGCUGGAUUUGGCCAAACAAAGGAAGAAUGUGUGGAUGAUCAACCAUUUACAGGAGGCCAGACAGGCCAAAGGUUACGACAGCCCGUCGUACCUGAAGCGGCUUAAAAUGGACAAGGAGUUCCGGCAGAAGGUGAUGUUGGGAACUCCAUUUCUGGUGAUUUGGUUGGUGGGAUUCAUUGCUGAUCUGGACAUUGACUCGUGGCUCAUCAAGGGUGUGAUGUAUGCAGCCGUGUGGCUUGUCGUACAGUUCCUCUCAAAGUCAUUCUUCGAUCACUCCAUGCAUAGUGCUCUUCCUCUGGGCAUCUAUUUGGCCACCAAGUUCUGGAUGUACAUAACCUGGUUUUAUUGGUUUUGGAAUGAUCUGUCAUUCGUCACCAUUCACCUGCCCUUCCUGCUAAACAGUCUGGCUCUCUUCUACAACUUUGGAAAGUCUUGGAAAUCCGACCCUGGCAUUAUCAAAGCCUCUGAGGAGCAGAAAAAGAAGACUAUAGUUGAAUUGGCAGAAACAGGUUCUCUGGAUCUCAGUAUAUUCUGUAGCACCUGUCUGAUACGGAAACCCAUCAGAUCAAAACACUGCGCUGUGUGCAAUCGAUGCAUUGCCAAGUUUGAUCACCACUGCCCGUGGGUAGGCAACUGUGUAGGAAGUGGAAACCACCGUUACUUUAUGGGUUAUUUAUUCUUCCUGUUGUGUAUGAUCUGCUGGAUGAUAUACGGCUGCAUUUGCUACUGGAGGAUUCACUGUGUGACCAGCUACACUAAAGACGGCUUCUGGAUGUACCUCACUCAGAUCGCCACCUGCUCACCGUGGAUGUUCUGGAUGUUUCUCAACAGUGUGUUUCACCUCAUGUGGGUCGCUGUGCUCAUUAUGUGCCAGCUCUACCAGAUUGCUGUUCUGGGCAUCACAACAAAUGAGCGAAUGAACGCCAGAAGAUAUAAGCACUUUAAAGUCACAGCCACGUCCAUCGAGAGCCCUUUCAAUCACGGCUGUAUGCGGAACCUUAUAGAUUUCUUCGAGCUGCGCUGCUGUGGUCUGCUUCGACCAGUGGGGCUAGACUGGACCUCCCAGUACACAAUAGAGUACGACCAGACGUCCGGCUCAGGAUACCAGCUGGUGUAGUGCGGUGAAUGAACGACAGAGCGUCAGAAGAAGAGAGAGAGAAGUGCUGCUCACCGGGACCAUCUUCUUCACCGAGAGACUACAAACCUCACCCAGUCAGGAUUCGCAUGCUGUUAUUGGUUACCGACUCCACCUGACCACUGCACCCGCCCCCCUGCCAUAAACAGCAUUAUGAGACGCAGGGUCGAGAGGAACAGGAAGAGGAGGAGUUUAAUGACAUCAGCGGCAUGAAGCGCACUCUCAUUUGGUCGGAAGAGUUUUUAUGGGGGAUUAUUUUGCACAUCGAGUGCUUUUUCUGUUGCGUUCGUUUUACAGUUUUAGUCUUGUGGCCUCUUUUCGGUUGCUUUUUUCUUAGUGAUAUCAAAUCUUCGUUUAAAUCCCGGUUCAACCUGGAACUCUGUACAGAAGUGAGAUUCAGCAUAGCAGAAGUGGAAGUUGUGUGGCAUUUUGACAGUUGUUAACGGGAUAGUUCACUCAAAAAUGACAUUUCUGUCAUCAUCAUGUUGUUUCAAACCCAUAUGAGUUUCUUCUGGUGAACACAAAGCAAGAUGUUGUGAAGAAUGUUCAAGCUGCUCUUUUACCAUACAAUGAAAGCAUGUCUUGACCAUAAACAGUCAAGCUACAUAAAGGACAAAAAAAGCUCUACAAAGUAUCAAAAAUGUAGUCCAUAUGACUCAUGAACUACUUUUGUGGUACUUUUAGAUGAAAAAAUAACAGCAUGUGGUUUUGAAACGACAUGAACGUGAGUAAAUAAUGAUAGUUUUCAUUUUUGGGUGAAUUAUCCCUUUAAGCUGCCUCGAUUCACCUCAUCAUGAUUCUAUAUGAUUGCCUGAAUUUACUGAUAUUUUGGUAUGAAUCUGGUCAAAACAGACAUCAUAUAGUCACAUGACUAGAGAGAUGCCCUCUUAAAUAAUGUGACGUAAAACAUAUUUAUUUUAACCUAUUUAUAAAGUAUUUUUCAAAGAGUUAAGUAUGGUACCAUGUUUUCAUCAUUGCAAUUUAUACAUUACAGCAUAUAUGUACAUAUGCAGCAUGUUUAAUAGUUUAGAUUGGUGACAAAUCUCACGGGACCUGUCAAGAAUAUGCCCAGGUCACAUUUCACUCGAAAAUCAAAAGUAUGAAACGAUAAAUUAUAUUUUGCAUUAAGACAUUUCCACUAUUUUAAGGGCCGUUAAGAUUUAUUUUUUGCAUUGACAUUUUUUGUCAUGACAAUUCGGCGCAUUUUCCCAUAACUCUCAUUAUUCUAAUGCAAAUAAAUGCAUAUAAAGUUUAUUUUUUAUUUUUAAAGUAUUUAUAUAUUAUAGUGGUAUUUGUUGUAUUGCCCUUAUGCUGAUUUAAAUAAAAAAUAAUUGACUUAGACAUUGUAAACAUUAUGUAUUACAGUAAUGAUAUUCACUAUAUCGGUUAAGAGAAUUUUGGGGGGAAAUUUGAUGGAAAUGUUACAAUGCAAAACAUCUUAAUAGUCCCAAAAUAGGCUUAAAUAUUUUGUGAAAUUUGACCUGACCUUAUUCUUGGUGGAUUUCGUAGGAUUCACCCUGGUGCCCAUAGAUUUGACCAGAAAUAACACACUUAUAUGUGAAACUCAUAUUUAUUAUAUAUGUGUAGUUUUAGAAAGUUUAUGCAUUUAAAAUGCUGUGUUGGGAGCGGCAUUAAGUGGACCUGAUAGCUGUAUAAACUUAAUGGAAGAUGUUUAAUAUGCCUCGGGGGGGAUGGGUGGAUGGGUAACUUCCAAUUGUUUUAUAGUUUUUAUUGUUGGCGGUGGCGACAUUUUUGACUGCCUAAAACAAUGCACUGAUAUUAUUUUUCGUUUUGUUGUAACUGCUGAAACAAUCUUGAUAUUCCACCGUCUCCAAGGGAUCUGCGCAUUUAUGUAACAAGGAAGCUCCUCCCCUUUUUGCUCUUCUCCAUUUCCUCUUCCUGUUGGUGGAACGUUGUCAUAGCAGCAGCAGCAGCCGACUGGAUGAACUUGAUGUAAAGAAUGUGCAUCUGUACAUAAAUGAACUAGAUUUAUUUCUGUGAGUGACUUCUUUUCGUUUUUAUUUUGUCCUUGUUAGUUGAAGCGGCUCCUACUUUUUUCUUUUUUUAUCUUACCAAAAAGCAGAAAAAAAAAAUCGGCUAUUAUCCAAGUGUAUGACUGUAGCUUUUAGUGGCGUCUGGCACUGCUGUGUAUAAUAGACCUUUUACCCUGCAAGUCUUCACUGCAUGUGUAAAACCUGGACAUGGGGCU